GGAAAGGGAGGGGAGUGUGGUGAAUCGCUGUUUCGUCGUUGAAGGGGACGCGUUUGUAUAUAGUGCAUGUAUAUUUUUUGUACGGAUUUUUUUUUUGUGGACAUUUUUUACCUUCGCCGUGCGCAAUACGCGGAGAUUUAAAAAACAUAAAAUAACCGAAUGAGAGACGCGCUGUUUUUCUAACGCUGUGUUUACCCGCGGAGCAGCCUGCACAUUUACUGUAUAGCCAUAUAAAUACAGCCAUAAAAAUUGACAAAGAUGCAUGUUUUUACCAAAUAAUCCGACACUGGGCUAUCCCCGGCGGGUCCCACCCGGAGGACGCACUGUUAUCUUGGCUGAGCGCAUCGAAACUAAUAAUCCCGAAAUGGCUCGGCUAUUGUCUCUGAUUAUCCUCUCUGCUCUUCCAUCUCUUGUUGUGCCCAUACAUAAUUCAUCAGCUGGAGGCUGUGCCAUCAUCCGGCCUCCCAGGGACGGGGGGAUCCGCUACAGAGGCCUAACACAAGAACAGAUCCGCAGUGUGCAGAUCCUGCCGGUGGAUUAUGAGAUAGAGUACAUCUGCAGAGGGAACCGAGUGAUCGUGGGACCCAAGGUCAGGAAGUGCUUGCCCAACGGCACAUGGACGGACAUGACGCAGCACAGCAGAUGUUUGCUGCUGUGCCCGCGGGUUUGGACGUCUCUGGAGAACGGCAGGGUGGCGGCGAAGCCUCCUGGGCCGCCGGUGGAGGGGACAGUGCUCCACUACAGCUGCCACGCCGGCUUCAUCCUGGAGGGCAGAAACAUCAGCCAUUGCACUAAACUGGGAAAGUGGGACGCACCGAAACCCACCUGCCUGUACGACAGAAACUAUACAGGCAAGAAGAAGCUGUACAUCGGAGCUCUGUUCCCCAUGAGCGGAGGUUGGCCCGGCGGGCAGGCGUGCAUGCCCUCCGCUCAGAUGGCCCUGGACCUGGUGAACAACCGGAGCGACAUCCUGCCCGACUACGAGCUGGAGCUGAUCCACUACGACAGCAUGUGUGACCCAGGAGAAGCCACCAAGCUGCUGUAUGACCUUCUGUACACCGAGCCCAUCAAGAUCGUCCUGAUGCCUGGCUGUAGUGGCGUCUCCACGCUGGUGGCUGAAGCUGCUCGCAUGUGGAACCUGAUAGUGCUGUCCUACGGCUCCAGCUCUCCGGCGCUGUCCAAUCGCCAGCGCUUCCCCACCUUCUUCCGCACCCACCCGUCCGCCACCCUCCACAACCCCACCAGGGUGCAGCUCUUCCAGAAGUGGAAGUGGACACGCAUCGCCACCAUCCAGCAGACCACAGAAGUGUUCACUUCAACUCUGGACGAUCUGGAGCAGCGGGUGAAGGAGGCCGGCAUCGAGAUCAGCGUUCGCCAGAGUUUCCUCACCGACCCGGCUGUCGCUGUCAAGAACCUCAAGCGCCAGGAUGCGAGGAUCAUUGUGGGGCUCUUUUAUGAGACCGAAGCCAGGAAGGUGUUUUGUGAGGUGUUCAAGGAGAAGCUCUACGGAAAGAAGUAUGUGUGGUUCCUGAUUGGCUGGUACGCCGACAACUGGUUCAAGAUCAAAGACCCAGCUAUCAACUGUACGGUGGAGAACAUGACAGAGGCGGUGGAGGGACACGUGACCACCGAGAUUGUCAUGUUGAACCCCGAGACCGUCCGCGGAGUCUCUAAUAUGACAUCACAGGAGUUUAUCGCCGCCUUGAUGUCUCGUCUGGGUGGGAAGAAUCCUGAGGAGACGGGUGGCUUUCAGGAGGCCCCUCUAGCCUACGAUGCAGUGUGGGCUCUGGCCCUCGCCCUCAAUAAGACUGUGGCCCCACUGAAGGCUAAGGGCCGCCGUCUGGAGGACUUCAACUAUAACAACCAUGACAUCACCUCUGAGAUCUACAGGGCCCUCAACACAAGCUCCUUUGAAGGGGUCUCGGGCCAGGUGGUGUUUGACGCCCAGGGUUCCAGGAUGGCAAUGACUCUCAUCGAGCAACUGCAAGGAGGCAGUUAUAAGAAGAUCGGUUACUAUGACAGCUCCCAGAAGAACCUCUCCUGGUUUGGCAAUGAUGUUUGGAUAGGUGCUGGGCCUCCGGCUGAUCGGACCGUGGUGAUCGAAGAGUACAGGUUCUUGUCUCAAAAGCUGUUUGCAGCCGUGUCCGUCUUUGCCGGCCUCGGUAUCCUGCUCGGCAUCGUCUGCCUAACAUUCAACAUCUACAACGGCAACGUCCGCUACAUCCAGAACUCCCAGCCCUACCUGAACAACAUGACAGCGGUGGGCUGUAUGAUGGCGCUGGCUGCAGUGUUCCCGCUGGGGAUUGAUGGCCACCACGUCCUCCGACCACAGUUUCCUGUCGUCUGCCAGUUCCGCCUGUGGCUCCUCGGCCUCGGCUUCAGCUUGGCAUAUGGCAGCAUGUUCACCAAGAUCUGGUGGGUGCACACCCUCUUUACUAAGAAGGACGAGAAGAAGGAGAAGAAGAAGCAACACUUGGAGCCGUGGAAACUCUACGCAACAGUUGGAGUGCUGCUGGCUAUCGACUUUCUGUCACUCAUGAUCUGGCAGAUUGUGGAUCCUCUGCACAUUACGGUGGAGAAGUUCACUACGGAGGCCCCUAAAGAAGAUUUGGAUGUCCUGAUUCAGCCCCUGCUGGAGCACUGCAGCUCAGAGAAGAUGAACACGUGGCUCGGUGUGGUUUACGGCUACAAGGGUCUGCUGCUGCUGCUGGGCAUUUUUCUGGCUUAUGAGACCAAGUCUGUCUCCACAGAAAAGAUCAAUGACCAUCGGGCCGUGGGGAUGGCUAUUUACAACGUUGCUGUGUUGUGCCUGAUCACGGCUCCUGUGACUAUGAUCCUGUCUUCCCAGCAGGACGCCUCCUUUGCCUUUGCCUCUCUAGCUAUUGUCUUCUCCGCCUACAUCACUCUGGUGGUGCUUUUUGUACCCAAGAUGCGGCGUCUCAUCACUCGUGGCGAGUGGCAGUCUGAGCAGCAGGACACUCUGAAGACCGGCUCGUCCACCAACAACAAUGACGAGGAGAAGUCGAGGCAGCUGGAGAGGGAGAACAGGGAGCUGCAAAAGAUCAUCCAGGAGAAAGAAGAGAGGGUAUCGGCGCUCCGCAACCAGCUGGCUGAGCGACAGGCUCUACGCAACCGCCGCCGACCCUCCACAGGCCAGAAUCAGAACCACAACGCCCCGCCACCAUCAUCCCAGCAGGAUCCCAAGUCCCUGCUUCCUCCACCCGGCUACCCCAACCCCACCACGGACAAUCACUCGCUCCCGCCUUCCUUCUCCAACUCCUCCAACCUCUACCCGGCCGACAGCAAGAUGACCCGCAACCACUGUCACAACAGCCAAAUCCCGCUGCUGUAUAAAUAGGCAAGACACGGGAGGGUGGGGCGAGGGAGACGGCAGCACAGUGCACACAGGGGGACACAAAACACAACGAGACACUGUGGCUUUCACUUUGUUUGGGCGAAGAGCACAGCGGUGUAGUGACACUGUUUUAAAAUACGGAGUGCUUUACACUUGGCAGCUUCGGGAGAGUCACGCAGGCAACACCCAUCCUCACAGGUUUGAUCUCACUGUGUUCAGCCCAGAAACACUGCACUUGUGGCGGGUCGACGCGGCAGCAAGCACAUCUCAGACUAGCAGCACUCGAGGUCUUUUUCAAAGAUCACGUGAACGAUAGAUCUCUCAAUCAUUCCUCUCCCUCAUUCGUUCUGUUGUGGAGACCAUGUGUCAUGGAUCUGAAAAAGGAAACGUUUGUGUUUGUGUCUUUGCUAUAUCGUCUCCACAUUUUGUCUCUCAAGUUUGUUGACUAGACAGGCACAUACAGUAGUGAUUUAUAUUGUUCUGUAAUAUUUGAUCUGUUUUGUCAUGGAGUUGUUGUUCUAUUAUUUGUUUACUUUUCAGGAGAGUUGUGAAAACUGAAAAAAAAGGGACAAAGCAUUGUACAGUUUAUUCAAUAUUUCCUCUGACGAGCAGCCGAGCUUGACUCUGUGGUACGCCGCUUUCACUCAAAAGGGAUAAUGUGCAUUAUUAAACAGCCAUAACUUAGAAGGGCCAGAGAGCUUAGCAUGUAUGGAUGUCUGUUGUCAGGACUGUGUAUUCGAGUACAGUACUGCAUUUUAAUACCCCAGUUGUUUACUGAUGUUAUUGAAUAGUAGACCCAUGUCAAAGAAGAAGACUUUGAAGGCCUACAGAUGACAGAUGCACGAGAACACUUUUGAUAGUUUGAAAUAAUGCUUUACACGGUAUUUUAUGAGAUUUGUGUUGUAUCUAUUUAGUAGUGUAGUACAGUAGUAGCCAUUGAAUAAACCCCUCAUCCUCCGCCAGAUGGAUCUCACAGAUAUGGCCACCUGCAGCCACAGUCACCUCAGCAGAUUCUUACAAGUUGUAGGUGUUUAUAAAGAUGCCAUUACUGCUUCUUACCUUUAUGAAAUAUCAUUUACUGGAUAAAAUACAACUGCUAGCUGUCUCGCUAGCACCUGAAAUAUCAACUAUCAACAUAUUGCCCUGCUCGCAGAGAAGCGCCAGGAAACAAACGUGUGAAAAGGAGAUGCUUCUUGCAGCCGUUUUUAACUCCAGACUCUGAACAGAACUUUCUCUGGAGCAGGUUAGCUCUUUGGCAUCAGUUACUAUUGUGAUCUGGCAGGUUAAAAGAGAAACAUCUUUGUGACAUUGAAUACUCUGGAUUUAAGCUCAACAUAUGUCACUAACCCAUCAAUCUUACCACGUAUUAACAAUAAUAGUAAUAGUAAUCUUUAUUUUUAGAGCGCUUUUUAAGCCCAGGUCACAAAGUGCUUUACAAGGCUGUUAGUUUUCAACUGGGCCCCUUGAACAGAUAAAGUUCGUUCUGGUGCUUAAAGAAGUAAAAAAGUCAGGAAUAUAACAAGGACAACGCCUUCAUAGGCUUUAAAAGUCAUCUGUAAAAUCUUCAAAUCCAUCCUUAAACAUACCGGGAGCCACUGUAGUGAGGCUAAAAUAGAGGUGAUGUGAUCAAGUUUCUUGGUUCUUGUUAAAAGCCUGGCAACUGAGUUCUGACUCAGAGUCGAUGGGGAAAUUUUUUGUUCAGGCACGUAAACAAACUAAAAAAAAAAGCUAAGUGGUGUGCUACUUACAUCUUAGAUUAUUCUCAAACCAGACACUAAACGUUUUUACUGCAGCCCUGACAGGUUGCGAAAGACAGCUGAUGUGAAAAUAUAUUUAGCAAUAAGCUGCAAUCCAAUAACUAGUGUUUUUUGUGAUACUAGUGAAGCAAUCAGUAAAAGACUUCAGCAUAUGAGUCUCUAUGGAUCUAAACGACAGGUAAAACUGUGUAUCGUCUGCAUAAAAAUGAGUAGUCCUUUAUACCACGCUAAAAGCACAAUCUGUCUAUAGGGAUACGUAGCUGAUUUGUAGCUGGGUAGACAGCUAGCAGUUAAUUUACAUUAGCAUCAAAAAACAAUAUAUCAAGCGUCUAUGAUUUUCAAGUUAGAUGGUGGCAGCUGUGUGCUGACAUUUGGUACAGAUUUUGGUUCAUCAGUUUAACGUGUUUCCACCAUAUUUUUGGCGUUGCUUCCGACAAAUCUAAACUUGGAGACGUCCAAAUUCCACCUCGCCAGAAGAAUCAUCUACUGUCUGAAACUUAAAGCCACUGUAUUUUUCUACAGCGAUGAGGCAAGGGGCUUUUCCGAUGGCUGCUUCUGUAGAUAUCCAGAGAAAGCACAGUUUUUUCCUCCAGAUUUUAUACAUGUGGCUCUGUUACCAGUCAUUCUAGUUCGCCUUUUAAUUUUCAAAGGAUGUUUUUUUUUUUUUUUUAAUUUUUUCCCACAGACAAUUGGGAAUGAUGCCUGUUUUUAUGUUUUUUGUUAUUUGAUUUUGGAUCAGUUUUAAAAGAAGGAUAUAAAGUAAGGUGUAUUUAUUCAGCAGUUAAUCUGGAUGUUCUAUUUCAUUCAUGAGCUAUUUCCAGAUUUCCUAAAAGCAAUGAUGCCUGUACAGCUCCAUCAUCAGGUAAAACAAUACUUUGUCUAAUAUUUUUAUUAUGUGUGUAUAUCUUGGUGUGCACUUUAAACUGAACAAACUAUGAUUCCACUUUGUGUUCCUGUUAUUCGAAUACAUUUCAGCUCAGGGUUUGGGGAAGGAGUCAACACAGUCAGCAGAAAUGAAUGAAAUAGGCCAUAUUUAUUAACUGUGGGUCAGAUAGUGUAACAUAUGAAUGCAGAAAUAAUUUAGCAAUUGUUCUAUUAUCUUGCACAUAUAUAAUGAUAUAUAUGGAUUUGGGAAUAUUUGUAUUCACUAUAUCUAAGAUCUUAGAUGUUAUUAUAUUUCAGAGUAUGUGUAUGCAGAUAUAUGGGUACCAUAAAUAAAAUAAUUGUUUUUUCA